GUUGUUGGGCUUCUUCAGUAAAAAUGACACGCAUAAAUUCAAAUUUGAGGUAAAGACCAUGUACUGAUCUAGGCUUUAUAAAUUGAUCACUGGGAUUUUGUCAAAUCUGCAAUUAAGGGAAGGAAAUGAAAGGAAAAGUUGGAAGUCACUUUGUGUUGAACACGGGAGCCAAAAUUCCAGCUAUUGGGCUGGGGACAUGGCAAAGUGGAGGAGAGCUUUGUGUUGAAGCGGUCAAAACAGCUUUGUUAGUGGGUUAUCGUCACAUUGAUUGUGCUCAUCUUUAUGGUAACGAGAUUGAAGUUGGAGAAGCACUUGAUGAAGUUUUUAAAGGCUCUCUUUCACUCAAGAGAGAAGAUGUGUUCUUGACAUCUACGUUAUAUUGUACUAUGAAUUCACUCAAUAAGAUUGAAAAUUAUGUUAGAGUUUCUCUUAGGAAUCUUGGAGUUUCUUAUUUAGAUCUUUAUUUGAUGCACUGGCCUGAGACCUCAGCUUUUGGAGAUGCUACAGAUCCCCCUUCAAAGUCUGGGAAAGGAAGUGAGUAUAGACAGUUCUUAAAUCGCUUGAAAAAAGCUUGGAAAGCAAUGGAGGGUUUGGUUGAUAUUGGUCUGGUUAGAGCUAUCGGUGUCAGCAAUUUCAGUGUCCAGCAGAUCAAAGAGUUGCUCAAAUUUGCAAAAAUUGUACCCGCAGUCAAUCAGGUUGAGUUGCAUCCUUUUUGGAGACAAGAUGAACUAGUAAAAUUCUGUCAAUCAAAAGGUAUCCACGUAUCUGCUCAUACACCUUUAGGAGUGCCUACUUCAAGUCCUGGACCAUCAGAUAGUGGAUCAGGUGGGGAAGACGAACCUGAAACCCCACGCAUAUCAUUUAGAAGGUCAAGAUCAGUACAUGGACCUAUGCUGAAAUUAUCAGCUGUUGCAGAGAUAGCAGAUAGACACAAAAAAACUCCUGAACAGGUUAUUCUACGGUGGGGACUGCAGAGAGGCACAAGUGUGCUACCAUGUAGCCUAAAGGCUGAUCGGAUAAGGAAAAACAUAGACAUCUUCAGUUGGUGUCUAUCUGAGGAAGAGUGGAACCGGUUGAACCAGAUUGAGCCUCAGGUAUGUUUAAUUGGAAAUGAGACUUUCAGUAAUCUCUCAGCCAGUGGUUUCAUGGUUGGUAGUGGUCCUCUUCAAGCUGUGCGUGAGAUAGAAGAUGAUGUGGAAUCCAAUGCCUGAUUUUAAUACUUGUUUUUCCUAUAUGAUAAUAUGUAUUUUAUUUUCAAAAAUCUUGCUGAUUAUUAUAAUAUGUGGUGUAUGGUAUGUCCAUUGUUUGUAAGAUUUUGAUUUUGUGGAUGUUGAAUAGAAGGCCAUAUUUUACAUUAAAACAUUUAUUAUUCUACAUCAAAUUUGACCAA